AUGACGGUCAUUAUUCCGAGGAAGCAUUGAUAUUCUGCAGAAGGCUUUGGCCUGAUAACCAUAACCUUGCGCUGUUAAAUCAGGCUGUAUUUUGGGCUCAAAUCUUGCACUAAUGUUGAAUAUUAAGCAUUAAAAAUGAUUUUUGUUUUUUUUACGGUAUGCAUACUGAAUUGCAGUUGGUUGCAUGUGUUGCAUACUAAACUGUGAUUGGCCUUGGCUUCCCUGCAUUUACAGCCACUUUCUGAUUGCCUUUUCAUCCAUAUUGAAUUUGCUGUAAUUUCUAUAUUUUAGUUUUUCUAAAAGCUUCAUAGAAAUAAUCCUUUAAAUUCAUUUGGUUUUCAAGUGUAGAAUUUGUAUGUUAUUGUGUUGUAAGACAUGGCUGUUCUCAAUAUUAUCAUUGCAACACAAUUGUGUUUGGAUUGUAUUCAAGGAUUUUAAUUCAGAAUCAAUUAUUUAUGUUCUAUUAUAUGCAUUCAGAUUUAUAGCAAGGGUUUUGAAAGAGACUUAACAUUUUACAUUUGCCAGAUUUUAUUUUUGAUGUUCAAAGUCUAAAAGUAAUUUGGCAUUUGUGUAAUAAUAAUAAUUCUUUAAUAACACAUUGCUGUCAAUAAUAUUCCCAUCAAACAUUUUAUAGAGAUUUUUCUGAACAAUGAGAAUUUCAUUUCGGAAACAAUUUCAUAGCAACCCAUGAUUUUCCUAUUUUAGACUUUUAAAACUUUUUUUUUUUUUUUAACUCAUUUUAUAUUUGAGUGUGAAUUUCUAUUCUAUUUUUUUUUUCAUAACACGCCCUCAUGACCAUAAUUUCUUACAUUUGAAAAAGAUUGAAACUAAUUUCAUAUUCGAGCGUGCAUUUCUAUUUAUUUAGUUUUUCGCACCGCGUGCUGUCAGUAUUGCAGCGAUCACUACAAGCAGAGCUUUCCAAUAGAGCUCGAUGUUUGGACAGCUCAGCUUUGAGUUUCAAUUCCAAAACAGUCAUUUCUCGCGUGAUCAAAUUCAACAUAUUCUCCAGAACAUCAUCACACAUGACUCGAACAGACCUUUAUUCAGAACAUUUAAUGAUUGCGCACAAAUCUGAGUUUUUGGGUGUCGAGCCGGUGUUGCGCGGACCUCAGGCAGCGGUUAAUGAAAUCAGAAGCGCACGGUUACAGCGGCACAGUUGCUCUUCUGGACUCGAGGGGUUGCUCCUGACGUGUUGAUUCAUUUCCCGAAGCCUCCAACGAACAAUUAGCAGCUCGGUGUUGUCCCGAGGGACGCGCUCUCCGCUCCGCUCAUUGUUUCCGAGGCUCCGCUGCGCCACAGCACCGGCGCAGGGCUGGACGCCGGAGGUUCGAGGCGCUUCUGUGAGCGGGCUGAUCGAUAAUGUAGCUCCAUCAGACCCAGAGAUCCACGCGACUCCGCGCGCAGGACCCACCGAGACGCUGCGGUUACACGCCAUGAUGUCCGUCGAGGAAACACGCACCGGCGCCGCGCCGCGAGGUUCUGCGGGGACGCGAGCGUCGACAGGCCGCUGAGCGUCACGUAUGUUCAUCUUCUCUUCUUCAUUCUGUCAUUCACGCGAUUGUUAGUUUGGCAGCACGGCCUGGGUUAUUAUUAUUAUCGUUGUUGUUAUCCGUCAUGGCAUGCGAACGCACGAGCGUUGUCUCGCGUGCACCGAUAACGUGUGAUUUGGAGAGGGGCUCACGCGCCGAUAUACGCGUCUGUCGCGUCGCAGUGCUUUGUGUUUUAAGAACGGUCGACCAUUUUGUGUGUAACGUUAGCUGGAGUCCCCGCGCGGCUGCUGAACGCAUGAUAGCGCAUUGCGCAUUUCUGAUCACAGCCGCCUCACCGACGAGCGCCGAGCAGCGCGCGCUUCACGCGGUAGCGAGGAAGAUGAUGAUGAAGGGAUGCAGCUUCCAUCCUUUGUUUCGCACAAUAAGAGAGACGGACGAUCCGUUCCCUGCCCGCUCUUCCGGUCAGCGAGAGGGAUCUGGACUGGAUCAGCGCAGUGUUAUCAGACUUCACCCGCGAGGAACCAUGCUGUCCAUCCUAGCGGCAGGCUCCGUGUUCUUCCCUGGACUCUUCCUCUUGUCCAAGCAGUGUCUCAGAUGCGUCCCGGGGCUGCGCUGGAGCGAGGGCGAUGCGGUCAUUGUUUCUGCCAGGUUGGUGUCAUCCAUCCAAGCGAUCAUGGCGUCUACGGCUGGUUACAUCAUUUCCUCUUCCUGUCAGGACAUCAUCGAGGACCAGCAUUGGCUGACCAGCUCCUACAUCUUGUUCGCUGUGCCGUACUUUGUGUACGACAUCUACGCCAUGUUCCUGUGUCACUGGUACAAGCUCCAGGUCAAAGGUCACGAGGUGGACAACGGCUCCAGAUCCAGGGCUGUGGCUGUGAGCGGAUACCUGCGGCGAGAGUUCCUCAUGAUCCUGCAUCACGUGGUGAUGGUGACCGUCUGCUUCCCCGUGUCUGUGUUCUGGAGGCAGGGGAAGGGCGAUUACUUCCAGGGCGUCAUGUUCCUGGCUGAGCUCAGCACACCGUCCGUCUGUCUGGGCAAAAUCCUCAUCCAGUACAAGCAGCAGCACACUCUUCUUCACAAAGUGAACGGCGCUGUGAUGCUGAUCACUUUCUUCCUCUGUCGAGUUCUUCUCUUCCCUUAUCUCUACUACAUGUACGGCAGGUACGCCUCUAUCCCCCUGCUCCGGGUUCCUCUGGUUCUGCCGUGGCAGUGUAAUCUGGGAGCCGCUCUGCUCAUGGCCCCGCAGCUCUACUGGUUCUCCCUGAUCUGCAGAGGGGCCCUGCGCCUGUUCACCGGCAGAUCCUCGCGCUCCCGCAGACCCACGGCUCUGCUCAAGCCCGAUCCUGACGGACAGGAGCCGCAGACGGCCAACGGAUACAGCACAGGGAGGGGUCGGGACACGCCCACAAUCUCACACUGAGGGGAGGGGCUUAUGCUAAUGA